CUCGCUCUCGCUCUCGCUCUGGGGCGCGUUCUUUCAGGCGGAGACGCGGCUCCUCCCUUCGGUGCGGUACUCUGAGGUCGCGUCCACGCUGAGUGGAGAGUGGAGGCGGGGACCCGGGUUUUCAAGAUGAAUGACAACCUUUUUGUCAGUUUGGACAGACUUCUGUUAGAAUUUGUUUUCCAGUAUGAGCAAGAUAAAAGUUCUAAAGAGGAUAUGAUUCAGCGGAUUAAUAAAUGCUUUGAAGAUAUUAAAGCAAACAAAACGGAGAUUUGUAAGAUACAUAAAACUAUAAAUACAACAGAUGAGGAAAUUAGUCAUUGCUGUAAACAUAGUAAGGAGAUCAAAGACAGCUGUAGUAACUGGAAACCAACCUGUGAUGUUUUUCAUAAACAUGAAGACUAUAUGAAGGACCAGUUUACUGUUUAUCAAGAAACUGUUGAAAAAGACAAAAAUAUGUACCAGGGUUAUGUGUGUCAGUAUAAAGAUGUUUUGAAACAAUACAAGCUAAAGUACUCAGAAGCACCAAUUUCACAUGAAUAUUAUGAGAAGAAAAGAGAACAUGAAGAAAUUGAAAACAGAGUGUUGGCAUGUACUGAACAAUUAAAAACGAAUGAAGCUAUUUUUAUGGAGUUUUUAGUUCCUGCACCUUUUUCAUCACUUACUGAAUGGACAUUACAUGUCGUUAAUUUGAGAGGUAAAACACAAGAUAUCCUUAAACAAGCCAACAAUUUUUCCAAAAACUCCUCGGAUUUGAAGAAAGAAGCAGAUGAAGUGGAAAUAGAAAUUAAAUAUUUAAAUCAGCACAUUGCAAGACUUAAUGAAACCAAGAAUCUUUCAGAAACCCUUGAAGAAAAAGAUAAAAAUCUAGAAAAGAAAAAAGAAUUGAAAGAAAGAACUUCUGAAAAAGAUGAGCAUACACUUACAUUGAAUAAAGCCUCUCAAAACAGUCAACUACUUCUUUCUUAUGAAUAUAAAAAAUUAGUCAGACCAGUGAAAAUGCAUUCUUCAGAAUCAAGAGAUACAGAUAAAAAAGAAAAAAAUUUUUUGAAGCAGUUAAAGCUUGACAGUAUUGAUUUCAGACAAAAAGAAAAAGACACACAGGUGGUAAAUGACACUACUAGGAGUAGCCAUUCAAAACUUUCUCAAAAUUUUAUGCAAUUCAGAUUGCUUACUUCACAAAAACAGUCAAAUUGCAGUCAGUGGUUUGAAAAAGGAGAUACAGAUGCUGAAUGUGGAGAUAAAGGAACAGCAAGACAAUUAAGAGAAUUAGAGUGUACUUCACAAACUAUAUGUACAGAAACUGUGGGAAAACCGAUAGAAGAUAAUACUGAUGAAGUGGAAGGAAGGCCUGAGAAUAUCCCACAAACUCCUGAACUUCCUAUCUUUUUAAGAACUUCUGAAGUUGUGAAAACACCUGUACCUUUGGAGAAAUUACUUUUCCCUAAACCCCCCUCAGCUGAAAUAAACAGAAAUACAAUACCUCAAGUUCAAACACAAAAGGAAUCUCCUGGAUUUUCUUUUCUCUCAAGUUAUACUUCUAAAUCACCUGGAUUGAAUUUAUUUGAUUCUUCAAUAUUUGAUUCAGAAAUCUCAUCAGAUCAGUUCAGUGCAAAUUAUUCUGCAGAAACUGUAAAUCCUCUCUCAUCACAACCAGAAGUUGGAAACUUAUUUGGGAAACCAGAAGGAGAAGAUGCCUUUACAUUUUCUUUCCCAUCAGACUCUUCAGCCCAUGCAUUUGAAGCUGGAAAAGAUGAUUUCAGUUUUCCAUUUUCAUUUGAUCAGAAUCAAAACACAGCAUCAUCUGGAAAAGAUUUUACAUCUUCUUCACAAACUGAAACACAAUUUACUUUUUUUUGAAUUAACUAUUAAUUUCCUUGGAUUAUUGUAUUGUUUUGUAAUCAUCCUGAGCAUAUAUUAAUAUUAUUAAACUAUUAUGACUGCUCUUUUGUUGAUUAAAGCUGUGAGUUAUCUUAAUUACAUUUAAAAUUAUAUUUACUUAAAUGUCACCCUGAUGUGUUCUUGGGGUAUUAGAAGCAUUACUUAUUUUGAUUUUGCAAGCCAUAUUUAGGCAGAACUUGUGUUAAUCUUAAUAGAAUUUGAGACUUCUCACAUUAAUAAUUAUAGCUAUUAGGCUUGCUUCUCCCUAGAAUGAUACUAAUAUUCUGGUAGUAUAUUAGGUGCUCUUGUAAGAACAAGAACUUGAUCAAGUCAUCAGGCAAUCUGUUAGUAAUAACUGCAGAACUGGCACUUUAUAGUUUGUACUUUAUUUUUGCCAGAGCAUUACUCCACUCUGGCUGUUGAUGGUGCCAAGAUUGGACUGUGGAUCUCUCCUAGGCAAGUUCCAUAUGUACUGUCUCCCACCUUUGUACUUUAAUUAUAAAAAGAUGUAACUUUACAAUUACUAUAUUUUACUUAUGCUUUGUUGUUGUAGUAUAUAGAGUGUAAUUAACAAUGAUAUCAAAGAAUAUGUUAUUGGUAGUGACUAAAACGUGUUACUUUUUUCUAAUAAUGCUAAAAUCAAAUUUUAAAAUGCUAAGCCUCUUUUAUUUAACAUGCUAAAUUUGUUUAAAUUUGUACUAAAUUCAACUUUUAUCAGUAAUUAUAAUACCUUUAAUAGAAGUAAAUGUGAAAUUUUAGAGUGAUUCUGGAAACAGGUGUAUUAAUAGUAAUACAGUUAACAUCUUAUUUAGCUUAAACUAUUCUGGAAACAGGUGUAUUAAUGGUGAUACUGUUAACAUCUUGUUUAGCUUGAAUUGUUCUAGAGAACAUUUAAAAUUUUAUUUCCUGUCUUCAACAACUAAAAACAAUUAUCUUUAUAUUUUAUGUGCACUAUUUGCUUGUCAACCAGUUAUAUAUAGCUUAGAUGAAGAUAUUUAAAAUUUAAUAUUAUAUGAGCAUAUCACUAUAUCUUUGUAUUUUGUGCUUUUAAAUUGAUUAUAUUUAAUUAUCAAAUUAUAAAUCAUCUAACUCCAUAUUUUACUAUGUGACUGGUGACAGAUUUUAAGCUUUACCAGUUCAGCGUUUCUGUCCCACAUCUGCUCAAGCUGAUGCUAGUAGCUGGGUGUGUGCUCCUUUAGCACCAGUAGGAGGUUCAAACCAUGGAUAGAAUUUUGUCUUCAUGUGGGCCAGUUAUGGUGUAUUAUUGCACCAUGGCAAAAGACUCUGGAGAAGGAGGGGAAGGAACAAGAUGAAGACUGGAUGUCUCCUAAACACCACUCAAGGAGAGAUGAGAGGUUGUGCCUAUGUGUUAAAGACUAUACUGUAAACUGUUAAUCCCCAGUUAAAAAAAAAAAAUCAACAGCAGACUAAAAGACAAAUAUUUUAGUUUCUGUGCUUGUUUUUAUGCUGAUUUUAUUGAUCUUGUAAACUUGAAGACAUGGGAUAAAUAUAUGAUAAUAGAGAAAUUUUUUAUUUGCUCAGACAAAUAUAUUCACUUAUCACUACUAACAUAGCAGAGGACAUCCUUGUCAGAGCAACUAUCCAUCAGGGAAGUAAAAGAGUUAAAAAGCACCUAUGAGGGGCUGGGCAGUGGUAAGCCUGGUAGAGUGCACCCAUUGCCAUGUGCAAGUACCUGGCUUCAAGUCCCCAGUCCCACUUGCAAGGGAAGUUUCAUCAGUGGUAAAGCUGUGCUGCAGGUGUCUGUAUCUCUCUGUCCUUUCUCUAUCACUAUUCCCUCUUCAUUUUCCUGUGUCACUAUUAAAAAAAAAAAAAAGAUAAGGGAGUUGGGCUGUAGUGCACUGGGUUAAGCGCAGGUGGCGCAAAGCACAAGGACUGGCAUAAGGAUCCCGGUUUGAACCCCGGCUCCCCACCUGCAGGGGAGUCACUUCACAGGCGGUGAAGCAGGUCUGCAGGUGUCUUUCUCUCCUCCUCUCUGUCUUCCCCACCUCUCUCCAUUUCUCCCUGUCCUAUCCAACAAUGACAACAACAAUAAUAACUACAACAAUAAAACAACAAGGGCAACAAAAGGGAAUAAAUAAAUAAAAUAAAUAUUUUUUUAAAAAAUUUAAAAAAAGAUAAAUAAAUAGCCAUCAUGCAGGCACAGAACUUCGGUGUCAGUAAAAAAAAAAAAAAAAAAGUAUGUUAAAAAUGAAAAAUUAUUAAUUGAAGAUGACAUGAUUUUCACAUAGAAAAACCUAUGGAUUCCACUAUAAAACUAUUAAAAACAAAGUUUCAGCCCACGAAAUCAAUAUAUAAAAGUUAAUUGUGUUUCUGUACUAAGUGAACUGCCAGAUAAAUUAACCCAGUUUACAACUGUAUCAGAAAGAAUAAAAUACCUGGGAUUAUGUUUAACUGAAGAAGUGAAAGAGCUGCACACUGAAAACAAACUGUUAAAGAGGGCACAGUGGGUUAAGUGCACGUGGUGCAAAGCACAAAGACCGGCAUAAGGAUCCCAGUUCGAGCCCCCCGCUCCCCACCUGCAGGGGAGUCGCUUCACAGGUGGUGAAGCAGGUCUGCAGGUGUCUAUCUUUCUCUCCCCCUCUCUGCUUUUCCCUCCUCUCUCGAUUUCUCUCUGUCCUAUCCAACAACAAACAACCUCAUCAGCAACAAUAAUAACCGCAACAAGGCUACAACAGCAAGGGUAACAAAGGAGGGAAAAAGAAAAAGGCCUCCAGGAGCAGUGGAUUCAUGGUGCAGGCACUGAGCCCCAGCAAUAACCCUGGAGGCAAAAAAAAAAAAGUGAAGGACAUGAAUGGAUAGAUAGUUGUGCUCAUUGAUUGAAAGCAUUAACACUGUUGAACAUUUCAUCAUUUGACCAAAAGCAAAUGAUUUCAUGUAAUUUGUCAAAGUUCCAGUGGCAUUUACAGAAAUGGAACAAUAACAAAAAAUCACUAAAUUGGGAGUGGGGUGGUAGCGCAGCAGGUUAAGUGCAGGUGAGGCACAAAGCACAAGGACCCGGGAUCCCCAUCUGCAGGGGAGUCGCUUCACAAGCAGUGAAACAGGUGAGCAGAUGUCUUUCUUUCCCCCUCUGUCUUCCCCUCCUCUCUCCAUUUCUCUGUCUUAUGCAACAACGAUGACAACAAUAAUAACUACAAUAAUAAAACAACAAGGGCAUCAAAAGGGAAUAAAUAAAUAAAAGCAUUAAAGCUUGUAUGAAAAUACAAAAACCUGAUCCGGGAGGUGGCGCAGGGCCUAAGGCACUAGACUCUCAAGCAUGAGGUCCUGAGUUCAGUCCCCAGCAGCACAUGUGCCAGAGUGA